UGGACCAGGUACAACACCCUGACUAUAGAGAGAGACAAGUUACGAAACCAGUUGCUGGAUUCACCAGCUCUGUCGCUAAACUAUUUUGAAUGCAAAUGGCCAGAGGCAACAGUGGCAAGGAAAAAAAUCCCUGAGAUGACAGAAACCUUGAGAGGAUCCAGGACUGGCAUUCCAUCCAGUGAUGUUCACUAUAGUCACCCAUUCUCUUUCUAGCUAUAUUAGACACAGAUAAAUUGGUUGGUUACAGGAUCUUAUAGCACAGCACUGCUGAAAUCUUGAUUCUGAUUGGUCAGGAGGUGUUGAUUAAUUUUCUCUGUAGUGCAGCUGCAAAUCACAGUAUAAUGUUGUCAAUUACAGGUUUAAUAUAUAAAUAGAAUUAAUCCAAUGUGUGCAAAAUUCCCAACCCGUGGACAAAAAUAACCAACAAAAGUAGUCCAAUACCACAACUGCCGAAAGCUGUGGAAUUGCCUCAUGCAGUAACACAUUUGUUUGUUUUAGGAUGUCAUUACCAAAUGAGUAUGAAUAUUAAUUAUACAGUGGGAAAAAUAUAAUGUUCUAAAAGUGUUAGGGACGUCCAUCUUAUUUUCAUUCAAACUUUGCUGGAUUUUAUUAUAACACUGAAGUUUAGCAAACAUUUUUUAAUAUCUACACUAAGUUCCAUGCAAGUUUAUUCACAAAAAUCGCAUUCAGUUCCACUGGUGCUUGGUGACUUCCUCAUUUCCUUAUCACACAUUAGUGGUUGCCCUAUUUUACCCGCCACAAUAGGUGAUCCAUGUCAUUACAGCCUACACACCAAUUGGAAGUUAAUAGAUACAAACAGAGGCACUGUACAUCAGUGAUCAGAGAUGUCUGAGCUAGUUUCUGAUUAUGUGAACUACGCUGAAAGGAGAGGAGAACGCAUAGAGAAGGUGGUGGAAAUCUAUGACCUUGCCGAUGCUGGUAGAAGUAAAGAAGACACAGAAGCCACGUGUGUAAAGAAAAGCCUACGGACUGAACACACAGCAGGAUGCACUGCAGGGGGAAGAUGUCACACACUGACAGCAGUGUGUGUGCUGCUGCUGUGUGUUCUCCUGCUGACUGCCGUCACAGUGCUGUGGAUCAAAUUCACCAACCUGAAUACAGAAAACAACCAGCUACAGACCAGAAACACCAACCUGAAUACAGAGAGAGACCAGUUACAGACCAGUUACAACGAUAUGAGAAAUGAGAGAAACCAGUUAAAAUUUCAGAGAGACCUGUUACUGUUUCAGAGAGACCAGUUACUGUUUCAUAGAGACCAGUUACAGCAGGAGGCAUCAGGACUGAAGAACGCGCUUUUAAAACUUGGAUGGAGAUUUUUCAGCUCAAGCAUUUAUUACAUUUUUACUGAAAAGAAGUACUGGGAUGAGAGCAGAAAGUACUGCACAGACAGAGGAGCAGACCUAGUGAUCAUAAACAGCACAGAGGAACAGGAGUUCAUCAGUAAUUAUACUGGCGGUACUGAAGCUUGGAUUGGUCUGACUGACAGAGAGAGAGAGCGGGAAUUUAAAUGGGUGGACGGUAAACCACUGACCACUGCGUUCUGGUGGGACGGGGAACCCAAUGAUUACAACAAUGAGGACUGUGUUAUAACAGGCUAUAAAAAUGCUAAAUCUAACAUAUCGACUUGGGCUGAUUAUCCCUGUAACCACCCUGUAGUCGGGAUUUGUGAGAUGAAAAUAUUUAACUGAGCACAUGGGAGUCAGUCACUGAAAUUGAAAAAAGUUAGAAUUGAUAACUAUGUGAAUCUUUGUUGACUUGUUGACUUUGUGCUUCUUUUCCAUUUAUUCUCACAAUAGCAGCUCUCAAGUUGCUUGAAUGAUUCUGUCUAGCAGUGUUACAGCUUUCAUAGAUUUAAAAUGAAGACAAAACUUAAUUCUGUACUUAAAUACAAUCUGUUUUUGGACUUACAAAGAGCUGGAGCGACAGGCCACGCUCUGAUAAAGAAGAGUAGUCUGUGAGAAAAGUGUUUUUUAGUUGUAUAAAUGACUAAAUGACUUAUUAAAUAUAUAUACUGGCCACUUCUACAUUGCCGUAACUGUGUGUUAUUAUUUUUAGCCAAUGGCACAAAGUGUACAGAAGAUCACAUGACCAUAUGAACCACAUUUUAGGAAUUAAUUUGAUCAUGUUUGGCACAAAUGAGAGUGUUUAUUGUGUUUUGUCUUUACUAUAGAUGAUUUGGUGUAAAAGAGAACUGGAAGUGAGAGAACAGUGCAGAACUGAACAGAGAUUUUCACUGAUUAAGAAGUCACUGAAUAGUAAUCACUUCUGCGUUAGAGGUUACUGAACUCAGUGAUUCCCGUCACUAGAAAACGUAAACCACUAUGUCAUUUUCAAGCUACGUUUGUGAACAAUAAUUACUUUGAAAGUAUCUGAACGUAUCCAUCCCCAGAACAUAUGCUUAUCCAUGCAGAUUAGACGAAGCUCCACAGGAUGAUGAAGUGUGCAUUCAGAGAAACUCUUUUUACCCUUCAGUUAUCUCUGCUGAUGACCUUUUUUACACUAGUUUUAAAUUAUUAGACCUAUUUGAUAUUACAUAUUAUAUUAGACACAGCUUCUCUCCAUGAUAAAAACAAUGU